AUGUCAUUGACUAUGCGACCGACACUUCUACCACAAUGCACAUCAUGCCUACGACGCAUCAGCAACUUGGGCCUGCAAGAAUGGCGUAGCGGCCAGCAAGUUCGCGGCAAGAAAAAGAUGGCCCACGCACCCACCACAGUCACCGUACGCCUCACCAAGGAUGUGCCGACUUUUGGUCGCAAGGGCACCUACAUUCCGAUUUCGAUUGGCCGCAUGCGUAACGAGUUCUUCCCGACGAGAACGGCCGAAUAUGUGACCAGCGCGCAAUUGAAAGAGAUGAAGGCAAAGAACAUUACUGCCGAGCGAGACUUCCAGUUCGGUGUUCCUGACCCGGCCGCCGUGAGAGCCAUUGAGCAACAGUCUCAGCGCUCAGCCACACGUGUCGUUGAAGUUGAGAAGUUGGCGCGCUCAAUCGAACUUCUCUCCAUGCUCCUCCCACCUGUCAUGGACUUCCGACGCAGACCUCAAGAACCCGCUGCACCUGUCCCCGAAACCCCAGCCGCCCCUGUGAAAAAGGAACGAGGCUUCUCCAAUGCCGCUGCAGACCUCCUCGCUGCACAAGCUGCUCCCGCUCCCGCUACAACUUUCUCUGGUUCCGCAACAGCUAUCUUCGGCACCGUCUCAAAUGCCGACGUUGUUAGCAGAAUCACUCACCUCCUUUCUGAGAAUCAAGAGGCCUCGCGAAUCGUCCUAAGCGCAGAAGAUGUCAAGUUUGUGAACCUUUCAUCGCAAACAGCUGCCGAAGCCGACAGGAUCAGACAUCUCGGAGAAUACAAGGUCGAGGUUAGAGUAAAAGGAGGAGAGAAACCUGUUGAGAGGCUUGUCCGCGUGGUCCCUAUUGAGACCGAGAUUACCACUGUUUAG